AUGUCGCCUAGCUUCCAGCAACAAUACGAACGACAAGCCCUCCAACCAUUCUUUGGACUUCCCGAUCCCUAUCCUUGGUCCGAUAUGUCUUCUCCUGACUCCUCUACGCCUCCUUUCGCAGGAAGUCCCUUUGUUAACUUCCAUGGCUCAUCUCCGGAUUCGAUGUUCGCCGACUCGGCUCUACGGGACUGGGAAUAUGCUACCAAUGGUUGUUCUCCGCUGUUAUUUCCACCGGCGGUAGGGACUCCAAAGGUAGCAUCGACGAGUCAAUAUGCAACGGCUGCGCCGGGCGCGGCUUUGGGAGUCUCUGGAUUUCCCAGACCUAGCUCAUACAGCGCACACUCAUCCACACCCUCUACCGGUUGGUCACCGCCAGCAAACUUGUGUCCAAAAGAAUCCACUAGACGGAUAGCCAAACGCCAGACGAACACCGUGGCGGCUCGUCGGUAUAGACAGCGACGACUCGAUCGUUUGAACGAACUAGAGACCGAAUUGGAGGCUGUCAAACGGGAACGGGAGGAGUGGAGAGUCAAAGCUUCAAAGCUGGAGGGCGAGACAUCUGCGCUGAAGAGAUUGUUAGAGUCUCAGACGAUAAAGAAGGGGACUUGA